AUGCAGGGCGCCAACAAGUUCACGGAUGCGGUGACCGGGUUCCUCCAGUCAGCGGCUGCGCUGGCUGAGGAGCAGCAGCAGCAGCAGAUCCUGCCGCUGCAUGUGGCGGUGCCCAUGUUUGACGAAGGCAUCGGCAAGCAGGCCGUGGUCAAGGCCGCCGGCGACGAGGCGUGGCGCUCCCUCUGUCGCACGCUGCGCAAGCGCGUGAUCCGGCUGCCCAAGGUGCAGGGCGACAGCGCCGGCGACGUCUUCCUGGGCCCACCCCUGGACAAGACCAUCAAGAGGGCUCAGAAGGAGCAGCGCGCGCGCGGUGACGCAUACCUGGGCGCGGACGUGCUGCUGCUGGCGCUCAUCCACGACCCUGAUGUCACCUCGGCCAUGGGGGAGGCUGGAGUGACGCCUGCAGCUGUGGAGGCGGCCGUCAAGGAGGUCAGGCCGCAGGAGCAGAAGAUCGACAGCGCCAGUGCUGACGCCAACUUUGAGGCGCUGGCCAAGUAUGGCACCGACCUGACAGCCAACGCGGCCCGCCUGGACCCGGUCAUCGGCCGCGACGACGAGAUCCGGCGCGUGGUGCGCAUCCUGAGCCGCCGCACCAAGAACAACCCCGUGCUGGUGGGGGAGCCGGGGGUGGGCAAGACGGCCAUCGUGGAGGGCCUGGCGCAGCGCAUUGUGAUGAAUGACGUCCCGGAGAAUCUCAAGGGUGUGCGCCUGAUCUCUCUGGACAUGGGCCUGCUGGUGGCGGGGGCCAAGUACCGCGGCGAGUUUGAGGAGCGGCUCAAGAGCGUGCUGUCCGAGGUCAAGGAGGCCAAGGGGCGCGUGAUCCUGUUCAUUGACGAGAUGCACGUGGUGCUGGGGGCCGGCAAGAGCGAGGGCGCCAUGGACGCGGCCAAUCUGCUGAAGCCCAUGCUAGCGCGGGGCGAGCUGCGCACCAUCGGCGCCACCACCCUGGCGGAGUACCGCCAGCACAUUGAGAAGGACGCGGCCUUUGAGCGGCGCUUCCAGAUGGUCACUGUGGGGGAGCCGUCUGUGGUGGACACGGUGCAGAUCCUGCGCGGCCUGAAGCAGAAGUACGAGGACCACCACGGGGUGCACAUUACUGACAGGGCCCUGGUG